GACUAAGAAUGUUGUGAGCGCCAUCCACCCCGCACCUGCAAACACAUACUCGCCAUACUCCUCCACCUCGCACACCUUCCCUUCCAUCUGCACACGCAACCCCUGGUCUGGCCGGAUGAGUUACCACCCGGUGGACACGAUAGGGAGUCCAUUCAGGAGAAGUAUGGAUAGUAGGACCACCUACGGCCGCUCCACUGGCACCCCCUCCAGCGGGUUCCGUUCUCAGUCCUGGUCCCGGGCAAGCCCAGGCUCCACGAUGACCUCCUCCUACAAGAGGACCGUCAAUAUGCCGGUAGCCAGAGCGUACAGCUCCACACUCCUCAGCUCCGCCGACAGCGUUGAUUUCAAUCAAACGAACGGAGACUACAAGCGCUCCAACGAGAAAGAGCAGCUCCAGGGGCUCAACGACCGCUUCGCCGGUUACAUCGACAAGGUGCACUACCUGGAGCAGCAGAACAGCCAGAUCGAAGAGGAGAUCCAGACGCUGCGGCAGAAGCAGGUGUCGCAAUCCCAGCUAGGGGAUUUAUACGACCAGGAACUCCAGGAGCUGCGCUCCAUGCUGGAGCAGAUUCACCACGAUAAAGCGCAGAUCCAGCUCGACACGGACCACGUCGAGGAUGACAUCCAGAGAAUUAGGGACCGCUUAGAUGAGGAAGCCCGCAUCAGGGAUGAGACGGAAGGCAUCAUCCGGGCGUUGAAAAAAGAUAUGACCGACUCUGAUUUGGUGAAGUCAGAGUUGGAGAAGAAAGUUCAGUCACUGCAUGACGAGAUUGCCUUUAUCCGCAACAACCACGAGGAAGAGGUGAGCGACCUGUUCGCCCAGGUGCAGGCGUCGCAGGUGACCAUGGAGAGGAAAGACAUCCAGAAGACGGACAUCACCGAGGCGCUCCGGGAGAUCCGCACCCAGCUCGAGGGCCACUCCAACCAGAACCUGCAGCAGGUGGAGAACUGGUUCAUGUGCCGCUAUUCCAAGCUCACUGAUGCUGCGGAACAAAACAAAGAUGCAAUCAAGUCCGCCCGUGAUGAGAUAGCAGACUACCGCCGCCAGCUUCAGUCCAAGACCGUGGAGUUAGAGUCCGUCCGUGGAACCAGGGAGUCACUGGAGAGGCAGUUGAAUGACAUCGAGGACCGACACAACAGCGACUUGUCCAGCCUGCAGGAGACCAUCCACCAGCUGGAUAAUGAGCUCAAGGGCACGAAGUGGGAGAUGGCGCGCCAUCUGCGUGAGUACCAGGACCUGCUCAAUGUCAAGAUGGCCCUCGACAUUGAGAUUGCUGCAUACAGGAAACUCCUAGAAGGUGAAGAGACCCACUUUAGCACUUUCCCUUACCGCCACACCGUCACCUCCUCUAAGAAGUCCAAGUAUGAGCCUCCCAAACUGAAAGUUCAGCAUAAGUUUGUAGAGGAGAUCAUCGAGGAGACCAGGGUAGAGGAUGAGAAGGAUGAGAUGGACCAGGCCCUGGAUAAGAUAGCCCAGGAGUUUUCUGCUUCUCUGGAGGCAGAGGCAACAGAUGACGGAGAGGAUGAGGGAGAAGAGGGAGGAGAAGAAGCAGAGGGAGAAGAGGGAGAAGGGGGAGAGGGUGAAUCAGAAGAGGUUGUAGCCUCCACUGAAGCCCAAGUUAGCUCCAGCACACCUGCAGGGGAGGAAGAGGAGGACAAAGAAGGUGGCGAUGAAGAGGAAAUGGGAGAAAAAGAAGAAGAGGGUGAGAAAGGAGAAGAGGGUGAGGAUGAGGGUGAGAAGGGAGAUGAUACAGAAGGUGGUGAUGAGGGAGAAGGAGAGGGGGAAUUAGAGGAGACAGUCCUGUGCUCUAAAGCCCCAGAAUCAAAGGCCUCUCCUGACAAAGAGAAGGCUGGAGAGAAGGAGGGAAGCGGAGGAGAAGAGGAGACAGGAGAGGGAGAGGGAGAAGUGAAGGGUGAUGAUCAAGAUGAAGAUGCAGGUAGUGACAAAGGAUCCAAAGAUGGAGAUGAUAAGGAUGAGGAAGAUGAGAAGAAAGGAAAGGAUGAGAAAGAAGACGAAACAGAUGAGAAGGCAGCUGUAGCCAAGACAGAGUCUCCCAAAACAGAAUCCCCCAAGAGUGAGGCCCCAAAAGUUGAGGUCCAGAAAUCUGAGGCCCCAAAGCCCUCCAAGCCAGACUCCCUAAAAGCUGAAUCCCCAAAGGCUGGGUCUCCCAAGUCUGAGUCACCAAAAGCUGGAUCCCCCAAAAAUGAAUCCCCCAAAGCUGUAACCCCCAAAUCUGAAUCUCCAAAACCUGGCUCCCCCAAAUCUGAAUCGCCAAAACCUGCUGGAUCCCCCAAAUCUGAAUCCCCAAAACCUGCUGGAUCCCCUAAAUCUGAAUCACCAAAACCUUCUGGAUCCCCUAAAUCUGAAUCCCCAAAACCUGCUGGAUCCCCUAAAUCUGAAUCCCCAAAACUUGCUGGAUCCCCUAAAUCUGAAUCCCCAAAACCUGCUGGAUCCCCUAAAUCUGAAUCUCCAAAACCUGCUGGAUCCCCUAAAUCUGAAUCCCCAAAACCUGCUGUAUCCCCUACUUCUGAAUCCCCAAAACCUGCUGGAUCCCCUAAAUCUGAAUCCCCAAAACCUGCUGGAUCCCCUACUUCUGAAUCUCCAAAACCUGCUGGAUCCCCUAAAUCUGAAUCCCCAAAACCUGCUGGAUCCCCUACUUCUGAAUCCCCAAAACCUGCUGGAUCCCCUAAAUCUGAAUCCCCAAAACCUGCUGGCUCCCCCAAAUCUGAAUCCCCAAAACCUGCUGGCUCCCCCAAAUCGGAAUCCCCAAAACCUGCUGGCUCCCCCAAAUCUGAAUCCCCAAAACCUGCUGGCUCCCCCAAAUCGGAAUCCCCCAAAUUAGGAUCCCCCAAGGCAGAGUCCCCUAAGGGUGAGGCCCCCAAACCAGAAGCUCCAAAGUCAGAGGCCCCCAAGGCUGCAGAAGAGAAAGUAGACAAAAAGAGUGAUUCAGAGGAAGAGAAAAAGAUAGAAAAGAAAGACGCAGCCAUGAACGGAGAUGUGGAGAAGACUGCCCCAGAGGACAAGGACAAGAAGGAUGAGGGUGGGAAAGAGGCAGAGGAGAAGGAUGUUAUCUCAAAUGGAGUGGACGAGAGCCCCACUAAAGAUGACCCCGACCAGAAAGAUGAUCCAAAGGACCAGAAGGUGGUCAUCACCAAAACAGUGGAGACCAUCACCACUGGAGAGGACGGGGCCAAGCAUGUCACCAAAUCGGUCACUGUCACCGAGACUGUGAAGGAGUCUGAGGAUGUGAUGCAGGAGAAGACAGUCUCCAGCAAGAAGAUGGAGAAACACUCUUCCCAGUCCGUCAAGGUGGUGACUGAAACUGAGUAACUGCGCCCCAUCCAACCCACUCAGGAGGAACAAAGACGACACGACAACAAGCAAUCAACCCAGAACUAACAUAACAAAGAAAUCAUAGAGCUAGAGCGAUGUAAUAAAGAUAACCACUCUCAAACAUACAGAAAAGCAACGAGAGAAGCCAUAUGAUGUGACAAAGCUAAAGUUUAAAAAAUGCAUGUUGAGAGAAAGCUUUAAAUGGGUUUUGCUGCAGAUUAUAUCAGGAAAAUGUGGUAGUGGGACAGAUUAUUAAUUGUCUUUAUUUUCCCCUGCAGUUCACGGGAGGGCUCACGGGUGGGAGCGUCUGCAUGCUAGCUCAGGGAGGGAGUCCCCUCCGCUCUAACCUGUAUGUAUGGAUGGAAGGGUUACAGUUUAGAUGCAUACUGUAUGUGGGUGGGAGAGUGAUAGAAAUGUAUGUUAAUUCAAAUGUUAAUUCAAAAGGGGUGCCUGGGUUGGUGGGUCCACUUUAGAGAUACAUGUUCAAAAGGACUAGCCUUUUUAUGUGAAGAUACCAACUGAGCCAAAAAUACAAUCGUCUACAACACAAUAUAGUGAAGAAUAAGAAAGUCGAUGGUGCAAUGUACUGAUGAUCAUAAACAUACAGUACCCGAAGCAACUAAAGCAUAAAGAACCUUGAAGAAACUCUGAGCCUUAAACAUGCGUUUUAUCAGUAUCUAUUAUGUUUACCUAAUGAGUGCAAUUCAAAAUAAAUAUGUAAAUGCGCACACAUACAUUCUUGUAUGCAUAGGAUGGACUUGAAUUUAAAUAGCGAACAUAAAUGAGGUGCUACAGUUUGCAAUCCCAUGUCUUUACUCAUCAUGAACUAUUUCCCAGCAGCAUUUGCUCAAUAAAUGUCAUACUGAAAUACAAA